UUCUGUGACCGUCUUUAAAGGAAGUGUCCUGGGACGUAGAGAGAAAGAAAGAAGCCCAAAGAAGGAAAAUAAAGGGCUAUGAUUUCCUUGUCCUGUUGCUUUGUCUCUGGCUCCCUCUGCCUCUGGAAGAGUAGCCACAGGACACAAAGAUGCCCAGCUGGUCACUGCACGCCCAAGUUCAGUUUAGCUGGUGCUUCUCUCCUGUUUAGCCUGACUGCUUUCUCUGAAGGGGAGGACUCAUAGCCCGACAGCCUUUUAGUUUAACCUGAAGAGUGUGUGCCGCCUCUCUCUGCCCACCCCAAGAACUCGCUGGAGGUGGAGGAGAGGGGAGAAAGAGGAGGACUUGAAAGUGCCUGAGGAGCUCCCGAUGCUAAGAGGAGACAAACAUUCCUGUGGACGACGCAGAAAGGACAAAGCUGACUGAUUUAUUGCUGUUUUCCGUAUUUUUUUUUUAUCUCCCUGUCCUUUGGCGCACACCAGUGUUUGGAGAUCUUUGAAAACACAAACCAAAACACCAGCCCCGAAGCCCCAACCCCUUGGCUAGCUCUUAUGGGAAUGAAACACUCCUCCCGCUGCCUGCUCCUAAGGAGGAAAAUGGCGGAGAACGCUGCCGACAGCACCGAGGUUUGCACCAUUCCAUCCCAGCCUCCUCAGCCUGCUGUUGUUCCAAAGCCAGUUCAGUCUGUCAUCCAUGCUCCAUUGCAACCCAGCUGCCCGGGCCGAGGCAAGAUGGCAAAGCUCAUCAAUCCAGAAGAGAUGACAUCCAGGGAUUAUUACUUUGAUUCGUAUGCUCACUUUGGAAUUCAUGAGGAAAUGUUAAAAGAUGAAGUGCGCACAUUAACCUAUAGAAACUCAAUGUAUCACAAUAAACAUGUUUUUAAAGAUAAGAUUGUCCUCGAUGUUGGAAGUGGCACGGGAAUCCUCUCCAUGUUUGCUGCAAAGGCAGGAGCCAAGAAGGUAUAUGGGAUUGAAUGCUCAAGUAUAUCUGACUACUCAGAAAAAAUUAUCAAGGCCAACCACUUGGACAACAUAAUCACAAUAUUUAAAGGUAAAGUGGAAGAAGUUGAAUUACCUGUGGAUCAAGUAGACAUCAUCAUCAGCGAGUGGAUGGGUUACUGUCUGUUCUAUGAGUCAAUGUUAAACACAGUCAUCUUCGCACGAGACAAGUGGCUGAAACCUGGAGGGCUAAUGUUUCCAGACCGAGCUGCUUUGUACGUGGUAGCAAUUGAAGACAGACAGUACAAGGACUUCAAAAUUCACUGGUGGGAGAAUGUGUACGGCUUUGACAUGACCUGUAUUAGGGAUGUUGCCAUGAAGGAGCCCUUGGUGGACAUAGUAGAUCCAAAGCAAGUGGUGACCAACGCCUGCUUAAUAAAGGAAGUAGAUAUUUAUACAGUGAAGACUGAAGAAUUGGAAUUUACUUCUGCAUUCUGCCUCCAAAUUCAACGCAAUGAUUACAUUCAUGCUUUGGUCACCUAUUUUAAUAUUGAAUUUACAAAGUGCCACAAGAAGAUGGGAUUUUCUACAGCACCUGAUGCUCCUUAUACUCACUGGAAGCAAACUGUCUUCUACUUGGAGGACUAUUUAACUGUGAGACGAGGAGAAGAAAUCUAUGGGACUAUAUCCAUGAAACCAAAUGCAAAAAAUGUGCGUGACCUGGAUUUCACAGUAGAUUUGGAUUUUAAAGGACAGCUGUGUGAAAUGUCAGUAUCUAAUGACUACAAAAUGCGUUAGCAAGAAACCUCGCAGAGAGAUGAAAAGGAGAAUUUUAUCAAGUCUUGAACUGCUGAGCUUCAAGCUAGGAACAACUGAUCACAAGAUUAUUAUAUUAAAUACUAGAAUGUUUACUCUGAUGGAGGGUGGUAACCUGAUCUUUCUUGCAGAUAGUACAGGGGGCUGGGAUCCCACUGUGAAUGUACAGUAUACAGAACUGUAGCUUUUGUUAAACAUAGAAAAAAAAAUAAGCAACAGUCUUGAGUGUUCUGGUUAACUUUAGGAUGGCAGAAGAUGCAUAUACAAAUUGUAUUACUUACUGUGAAUUUCUGGUUCUUCCAAGCUUUGCAUGUUAAAGAUGAUUAGGGCAGUUUUCUCACUAUGAAAGACUACUACAGCACAUUACUGUGAUAGUAUUACUGGACUUAUAUUCAAUAUAAAUGAAUAUAUAUAUUGUACAUGAGGAAAAAAAAUCAUUUCAUAAUAGGAAUUUGUUUUGUGAUUAUUUAAUUCUCAUUACGCAGUUAUGGAAAGAUACUGAUGUUACCUCUGGCGCUACUCUAGGCAGUGAUAUAUUCCAUUAACUGUCCAAUGUUAUAGCUUUGGUAAAUAUUCCAUGCAAAGUGUAGAUAAGAGCUGGGCAUUUACAGGAAGUUCAACAACUAUAUUUUUGAAUGUCCUCUGAAAAUGUGGAUCAUUAGUUUUGAAAUUCACCUUCACAACUGGAUGUCUGUCAGAGCUUUAAAAAACAUUAGCUUUUUAUCCUUGAAAAUAUUCUGUGGUGAGUUUUUAUAGCUGGAUUUUGCAUGAGACUUUCAGAAAUCAGACACCUAGUAUUUAAAUGUGAUGAAUGCAAAGUCUCUGAAAUGGUGGAUAAUUCAUGCUUCUUGGCCAUGCCAUAUUUCAGUUCUUUGCAAAAUUCUUAAUACAAAAUAAUUUUUAAAAAAUAGGAAUUCGUGUUACCUUUUGGUGAUGUUUUAGAUAAGUUUUAAAUUGCAAAUAAUAUUCUCAAGAGUGCAGUAAUUUGCAGGAGCAAGUUAAUGUCUUUAAAAAAAAUGUCGACAGCUUCUGAUACUACUAAGAUGUCUGUAGCUUUCCCAUCCCCUUGAGUCCCUUGUUUUUCGUACCAAAUCUCCUGCUUAUUGUUGAAAUAUUAAGUGCUUAUAAUUCCUCAUAUGUAUGUAUCAGGUCUCUUUUUACUAUAUGAAUGUGGGCCAUUUAAUCACAUGUAAUUCAUCAACAACUGCAUCACCAGUCCUAUCGACACAUUUUCCGGUCUGUCUGGCAUUAGGCACUAAAUCAUGUUCUAUCUUGUACUGGAUAAGAUUGACUAGUUUUUUGCCUAAAAAUAUUUUUAAUCACCUGCAAAUAAAGCAUACUUGAAGAUGUAUUUUGCCAGUAUUUGUCAACUUCCCGCUUUUUAGAAACCUGUUUCUAUUGAUUUUCCCUCCACAGAAACUGUACAGUGCCUCCAUUUUCUUAUGGUUUUAAGAAUAUGAUCUGGGGAUUUUAUCGAAUGGUACCUAUGUAGAGUGAAAUUAAACUGUAAUUCAGCAGUAAA